UGGAAAAAAAAAGGCGAACUUGCUUUCAAUUGUCCAAGCCUAACGUCAUGGAAAUAGUUACUUUGUUGAAGCGCGCACGGGAAUAAACCCAAAGAAACAAUACUGAGCCGUGAUGUGUGUUGAUGCUCUGUAGAAGGAGAUUGUUUGGUUGCCGAUUUCGUUGUUUUUUUUGUUGGUUGAAUUCAAGAAGGAUCGACUGAAGAUGCGCAGGAACCUGUUUACAAGGAAAACGCAGCGAGUUUCAGUCUGAGGGAAUGCGGAGCAGGCUCACAAUGCACGGCGAUACCAUUACUCAUCCCUCUGUGUUUCCUCACGCCAGGACACUUUGUCUUAAAGAUAUUUUCCCGAAGGAUCAUUUCUGAGAUCUCCGUAAUGAGAAACAAGUGUCCGAAAAGUGAACACAACGCGGGUCCAGUUUCUGAGGAUUAAAACCAGCGUCGGGGUUUGUGGAGGAGCUCUUUGGUGAAACCAGUUUUGUUUUUUGAACCUGUUGUGUUUGUGAUGAGAAAGAAACAAGAUAGUCAAUCUGUUAUGCGGAAGUUAAUGUGUUCUAGAGCAUUUGCAGCCUAAAGGUAUUGGUAGACGUUUAAAGCAGAAUACAUAGUAAGACAAUGAGGCGGUAGCCUCAAUGGGCUGAGGAUGCUAGUGGUCACAGAAGGUAUAUUUUAGACUUUGUUUUGGCGCAGAACUGGCCUAAUAGUUUGACGUAACUGCUGACUUCUCCUGUGUUUACUAGCCUAAGUGUCAGAUAGCCUAAUUACAUUAACGUGAAGUCCUACUGUGCUGUUGCACACCUGAUCCAAAAGCUGCCAUGUAAUUUGAGAGGAGUUUAAAUAUUACAGUGAGCUAUUGUCAGAUGUUUCCAACACGGCAUGCAUCAACGCAGCAGCAUCACUAUAAUCUAGGCACUAUGUGCAUGUAGAUUGUUCUUGCUUUGGGGACCCACUGGAGUGUCAAGAUGUCCGUGAAAGCCAAAGCAAUCUACACUUUUCAAAGUGAAAACAAAGAGGAGAUCAGCAUCCAGGAGAAUGAGGAACUGGUUAUCUUUGAUAAGAACUCCGUGGACGGCUGGUUUCAGGGGGAGAACAGCCGAGGGGAGAAAGGUCUCUUCCCUGCGUCCUAUGUGGAAAUUAUUCGCAGUCGUUCAAACUCGAACGUGACCGACUGCUCCAUAAGCCCGGCAGGAUCUUUAGGAAACGACUCCUCCUAUUUCCCCUCGACCCCAAACACCUCUCUGCAUUUGCAGCAGAGUUACUAUGACGAUGACGACGAUGACUGGGACGACUGGGACGACAGGUCGACAGUGGUGGACGACGCUGACCCCAGUAGGAGCCCCGGGGCCAAUGGACAUGCCCAUCAGAGCCCGCUGUCAUACAACCCCAAUGUGCACUACCGGCCCAAACCACACAUGGAGAGACAGGACAGCAUCUCCAGCUCGAGGAAAGGCAGCAUGGUGGGCAGGAACUUGAACAGAUUUUCCAGCUUUGUCCGCUCAGGGGUGGAAGCGUUUGUGUUGGGUGAUGUGCCCAUGAUGGCAAAGAUAGCGGAGUCGUACACCAUCGACAUGGGUCCCACGGGGCCCCUGUGGAAGGAGAGCCCACAGCCUUUCUCCUGCUCCAUUGAAGACCCCACAAAGCAGACAAAGUUCAAAGGCAUCAAGACGUACAUUUCAUACAGGGUCACACCAAGCCACACGGGGCGUCCCGUCUACAGGCGCUACAAACACUUUGACUGGCUGUACAACCGCUUGCUGCACAAGUUCACUGUGAUCUCCGUGCCUCACCUGCCUGAGAAGCAGGCCACGGGGCGAUUUGAGGAAGACUUCAUCGAGAAGCGCAAGAGACGACUGAUACUGUGGAUGAACCACAUGACCAGUCACCCAGUCCUCUCCCAGUAUGAAGGCUUUGAGCACUUUCUGAUGUGUGCUGACGACAAGCAGUGGAAACUGGGCAAGAGACGGGCGGAGAAGGACGAGAUGGUGGGUGCCCAUUUCAUGCUGACCCUCCAGAUCCCUAAUGAGCACCAGGACCUGCAGGAUGUAGAGGAGCGGAUCGACACCUUCAAGGCCUUCGCUAAGAAAAUGGAUGACAGCGUGAUGCAGCUCACACAUGUUGCCUCGGAGCUGGUGCGCAAGCACCUGGGUGGGUUCAGGAAGGAGUUCCAGCGGCUAGGAAAUUCUUUCCAGUCUAUCAGCCAGGCUUUCACGCUGGACCCUCCCCACAGCUCAGAGGCCCUCAACAAAGCAAUCUCCCAUACAGGCCGCACCUAUGAGAACAUUGGAGAGAUGUUUGCAGAGCAACCUAAGUAUGACCUCUUCCUUAUGCUGGACAAGCUGUCGCUCUAUCAAGGCCUGCUCGCCAACUUCCCCGACAUUAUUCAUCUACAGAAAGGUGCCUUUGCCAAGGUGAAGGAGAGCCAGCGGAUGAGUGACGAGGGAAAGAUGGACCAGGACGAGGCAGACGGCAUUAGGAAACGCUGCCGGACGGUUGGGUUUGCCCUCCAGGCGGAGAUGAGCCAUUUCCAUCACCAGCGAGAGGUGGACUUCAAAGACAUGAUGCAGGCCUACCUCACGGAGCAGAUAGCCUUUUACCAACGUGUUGUCCAGCAACUGGAGCGCACCCUGCGCAUGUAUGACUGUCUGUAAAGACACCAAAUUGCUGCCCUGUUCAAGAUGCCAAAAAACACACACAAGUCUUGACUCUUUUAUCAAGGUGUUUGUGUUGGUGUUUGGUUCAGUUUGAAAAGACUUGCAGAUGAAUUAAGCAAAGAUGUGCAAAGCCAGUCAGUCUUUCACUUUGAUGGAUUCAAAGACACAUUUUUUUUAAAACCUACUGUACCUUUUUAUUUCUGAAAUACGCAUCACAUAGGCAACGCCACAGACAUAAUUUAAGGUAUUUGUAACAUUAAAAUAAGAAGAUAGGUUUAAGAAUCAUAGCAAACCUGUAGUUUAUUGUUCUAUAGUAUGAAACGGGUUCUGUUUUGAAAUUGUCCCCUUCUCUCCAAUACAUCAUGCACUUUGGCUUCUCCUGGGACAGAUUCAAGUUGCUUCCAAUAUGAACUUUUCUAGAAUAAACCCACAAUAUUAUGGUUUAUCUACCAAAAUCUGAUAAACAUUACAAAUGUUCUUUAAUACAGCAUUUUAGGAUUUUAUUGAAGUCACUGAUUUUUCUCAUCAGACCAUGAAAAUAUAGUAUUUCUGGCCAAACAAGUGCACUUAAUACUAAAGUGGAAUUUCACCAUCUUCUUGUUAAGUGUAAAUCUUGCUCAGGUGUUUACUGCUUUGAAAUUCAUAUCAGUUUCUCUGUUAUCUCUUAGUACAAGUCGCAAAUGUCUUUCUUAACUAAUAAUGUGGAAUUAAUGUGGAAGACUUACUUAUACCAUGUAAUUCAGCUUCAUAAUGUCAUUUUCUUAUGUUUUUCAUGCAGUUAGUGCCUUUUAAGGAAGGCAUGGAAUAUUCUUAAAUUGGCCAUUUGUCUGUAGCAUGGCUUGUGUCUUAAGGGGAAAUUCUCGAAUGACAUGCAUUUAGGAACAAGUUUGCACAUGUUUUUAUACACUACGGGGUCAUAGUGUGGAGGGUGUGUUUAUGUGUGGGUGUGAGUCAACUACUGUGCAGAUCAAUUCCCUUUUUCCACAGUGGAAAACAAAAAAACGAUAUCUACGUAGCAGCCGGUUUAUCUAGCCAACUAGUAAAUGUAGUGAGAUAGUUGAAGUGGAUUAACUGGUUGUGUGAGGCGGUACAUCAUCUGGGCAUUUCAAUAUUUGUAUUAAAUCAUUUAGUUGACACAAGACCAAAUUCUUCCUGUUAGUAGAGUUUUGUGUUUAAUGUAGUCGGAGUCAGAAAACAGUAUGAUUUAUUGUUCAUAUCAAGUAUUUUAAAACGACAUCUAAUGCACAAACAGAACCAUAUUAUUUCAUUUAGAUUAUUUCUACACUGUAUCCAUAAUAACUUAAAGAAAUUGUUCUGACAUUUUUGUAAAAGUGUGUAUUCACUUUCUUCUUGAGAUUGAUUACACUCUUGUGUUUGUCCGUUAAAUAUGAUGCUACAGCCAGCAGAUGGUUAGCUUCGCUUAGCAUUAAGACUGGACAGAGGGCAAAACUGUUAGUCUUGCUCUGUCCAAAGUUUAUCUAAUACUCACUACUUUAAAAUGUUAGAUUUCUUUUAUUUAAAAAAAAACCAAAACUGUAAAAACUUCAAUUUGUGUUUUUUGUCAGGGGGUUAUGACUCAUGCCAAUAUUUUAACACAUAACCCCCUGUAAAACCACAACGUGCCAUUCUUACAGUUGGGUAUUUGUAUGGAUUAAACAAAUAUGACGUGUUAAUUGGUGAGCUUUAGGGUGCUGGUAAGCAGAUUUAGUUACCUGUGGACAGAGCCAGGCUAGCUGUUUCCUCGUUUCCAAGCUAAGCUAAGCUAAGCUAACAUGCUGCUGGCUAGAGCCUUAAACUUAUCCUGCAGACAUUAAAGUGGCAUCAAUCUUCUCAUAACUAUCAGCGAGAAAGCGGAUAGGCAGAUUUUCUAAAAUGUGAAACUCUUCCUUUAAUAAUAUUACAUAUAUCUUAUUGCUCUUCUUCCAGCUGUGAUCACAGUGACGUGUCACUUUUUUUUUUACAUUUUGUUUAUCACAUUUAGUGUACUAAUUUUUCCACACUGAAUGAGAUUUGAGUGACUUAGGAUUGAAGUCCCUCUUCACUGCUUGAAUUAGUGUUCAUUACUAAAGAAGAGUUGUUCCAGUAACAUUACUCAUCAUGUUUAACUAGAAAAAAACCGUUCAGCGUCCGUAACCUAAGAGGUAGUCUAGGGAAUGUUUUUGUGAGCUUGACACGCUUCUCCUGAAGCAAUUUCCAGUGUUUAUUCAUCAGUUGUGAGGCACUGAUUCUUUAUUUUGAUGGAAGAGGGUUUGAUUUCUCAGUGGUAUGUUUGGGUGUGGAUAAAAAGUGAAAGAAAAAGUUAUUUUGUGACAUCCCUGCCUGGUCAAGUUUCAGAAUUUGAGGUUUGAGCCUUAUUAUGGUUCUCCCAUAACAAAGAAGUGCUGAUUCAUUGCAGGUUUCUCAGUAAACAAAUGGUCCCUGUGUUUGUGCGUGACUCAGAUAUGAGUGUCUCAGUUACUGGUACUGUUCAGUCCACAUCUGCAGUCUUUAACUAUUUGCUGUCUAAAUGUGGUGUUGUUUAUGUGUAUUUUUGAACAAACCUGUGCUGUUCAUACUUUGCUCAUUGAAUUUGCACUCAUCGCAGUUUCUCCAAGACCAAAGAAGUCAGACAUUUUCUUUUUUACUCUGUUUGGUCGAAGUGAAAUCGAAUGUGCUCUCUGGUUCUGUAAUUGUUCUACGCUGAGGAAAAUGUGAAGAAAGCACUUGGAAGAAGUAAAAAGAAAAAAGAAACAUUCCAGAAACUACAUAGGACACCAAAGGCAAAGACAGAUUUUGGGCAAAAGAUAGAAAUGCAAGGUGCAAAAGAAACCGUGAAAAAAGAAAAGAAAAAAACAUUUAAAGAAGUGCCUGCAGACCCAAUCAGGUUUCAUAAUGACACUUUCCUCUAAUGUUCCAAAGCAGCAUAAGUUAAAUGCCAGGCAUUUCACACAGUUAACUGUUUCUUAACAUGGAUGUGUGACCGGGUGAGUUGCAGGAACUCUAUGCUUUAGGUUCAGUCUCAGAAAUAACAGACGGUGAUUUUCAGUAAGUAAUUUGUCAACUGAUUUAAGGGAAGGGGACCUAAAAAUGUUAAUAAAAUGUUAUGAUGGUUAUCGCC